AACGCAGCAGCCAGUCUUCAUCCUGGAGGGGAAGGCCCCGGAGGAGUCCAGCAGGGGGGACGGAGGAGGCGGGGAGGCCGGUCCCCUCAGCCCUGCUGCCCUGCCCCCCCCCCUCACAGACAGCCCCGGGUCCCCCAGGCCCCCCGGACCCCCCGGACCCCCCGGACCCCCCGGACCCUGGCAGACCCUCACAGACAGCCCCGGGCCCCCCGGACCCCCCGGACCCUGGCAGACCCUCACAGACAGCCCCGGGCCCCCCGGACCCCCCGGACCCUGGCACAGCGAGAGCCUGCUGGCUGAGUCCUGGUCCACCAUGGGGGACGUGGACCCCGAGGACACCAAGAGCCUGGACAGCAGCGACGGGGCGGUGCUGGGCGGAGAGGAGAACUCCUCCAACUCAGACAUGGUCCACCUGGAGCGGGAGGAGGCCGAGAUGCUGGAGCGGGCGGAGAAGGAGGCGAGGAGAACAGAGGAAGAGGAGGAUGACGAGGAGGAGCUGCAGACCAGCGUGUUGAGUGUUUUAGGAGGGGAGAAGGAGCUGGGGGAGCUCAGGGAGGAGGAGGAGCAGGACCUCCGCGCUCCAGAAACUCAGGAGCUCCUGGUGUCAGCAGAGGAGCCUCGUCUGGAGGAGAAGCCUGCAGAGUUCAGGCAGGUGGUUCCUCCCAUGGCGCUGCCUCCUCUGCCCAUCGUCCGGCUGGAGCCCCCCUCCUCCACCUCCACCCCCGUCCCCUCCACCACCUCCUCCGAAGCUGAGGAGCUCUUCUCCUCCCAGGGCCUCCACCCUCCUUCUAUCCUCGCACGCAUGGCAGCAGAGCCUCCUCCAGAGAGCCUCCAGCAGCCAAAGUUCUCACAGAUCCCCCUCUCAGACACAGAGGAACAUUCAGUCAGAGCGUCUCAGGCAGAACCAGAAGAGCCCAGAGCUCCCAGUGCUCCCAGUGCUCCCCAGACUCCCAGAGCUCUGAGCUCCAGCGAGCUGCUGUGUGGAGGUGCAGCUCUGGUGGCCGUAGUGGGAGUCGUGGCUUACGGAGCUGUGGCCUACUGCAGGAAGUAGUCUCCUUUAAUACACGUUUUAAAUCUAUUCCAAAUGAAAAUAUUCCACUUCACUCUCUGAAUUCUGGAUUUCCUCGCCGACACUCUUGUAGUAUUGUAGUUGUUGUUAGACACGUUGUUAGAUGUUUGGGAUUCGUUCUGUGCUACCUCAGCUCCAGCAGAGCUCAUGGCCUUCGUUCUUCUCUAGAGAUCUCUAAACCUGGAAUGUAAAAUCAUGUAAAGGUAGAAUUUUAAAGAAUCCUGAAACUUGAAAUGUUGCAUUGCUGUUUCUUUGUGUGAUUGUGUCUCUUAUUACUUCACCAGAAAACAUGUUGACUUCCUCCUCCAGCCAGAAUUCACUGCAGAUCUGUUCAGCUAUUCUGUGUUGCAUAUAAGAAAUAAACAGCAGGAGAAUAUAAUGAGGAAUAAUAAUAAUAAUAAUAAUAACUAACCUUUAGGUUUCUGAGCCUUUAGACUGUAUAAAAGAGGUUUCAGGUUUGAACAGUGAAGUCAAUGCCUUAAACCUGCAUUCUUUCUAAUGGAGGCAACUCCAAUACUGCUAAAGAAGUUGAUUAGAAAAUUUGAUUUAUUACCUCAUUAAAGUUUAGAGUUUUUGGUCUCAAUCACUAGUUUCAAGUCUUCUUCAACUCAGCAGGAUCUUUAUUUCAUAAGUUAUGGUCCCAUUUAGAGUAAAAUAGACGAUAAAGGAGGGAAUGCUCAGCAUUAAUUCUAGUGGUCGCUGUCGGGACUGCUGCAGAAAAUCCCCCCGAGUUCUCAUACACCAACAUUAUAAAAGAGACUAAGAAGUAUUCAGAUCUCUUACUGCAGUAAAAGUACUAAUACGAUACUGUCAAAUUACUCCACUACAAGUAAAAGUCCUGCAUUUAAAACUUACUGAAGUAAAAGUA